AUGCCCGUGGUCAAUGUCGAUGAGCUCGUCCGUCUGCAACGGAAACCCGAGGACAUUCGAAAUAUCUGUAUUCUGGCCCACGUCGAUCAUGGCAAGACUUCGUUGACGGACAGUCUGAUAGCCACCAAUGGCAUCAUUUCGCCCAAGCUGGCGGGCAAGAUCCGCUACCUGGACUCGCGGCCAGAUGAACAGCUCCGAGGCAUCACGAUGGAAUCUUCGGCGAUCUCGCUGUUCUUUUCGAUGCUCCGCCGCCCAGCCCCGGACGCGGCGCCUGUGCCCAAGGAGUACUUGAUCAACCUGAUCGACUCGCCGGGGCAUAUCGAUUUCAGUAGCGAGGUCUCGACGGCAUCACGCCUGUGUGAUGGUGCAGUGGUCCUCGUCGAUGCAGUCGAGGGAGUCUGCAGUCAGACAGUAACAGUGCUGCGGCAGACUUGGGUCGAGCAGCUGAAGCCGAUCCUGGUUAUUAACAAAAUGGACCGGCUCGUCACAGAGCUUAUGAUGAGUCCCGCUGAGGCUUUCUCGCAUCUCACCCGACUGUUGGAACAGGUCAAUGCCGUAAUCGGCAGCUUUUACCAGGGCGAACGAAUGGAGGAAGACUUGCAAUGGCGCGAGCGCAUGGAAGAUCGCAUCAAUGCGUCAGCGGCUCGAGACAAAGACCGAGCCAAGAAGCAGCUCGUAGAUGAUGAGUCUGUCCAGAGUAUCAGCGAGGCGACCGAGUUUGAAGAGCGCGAUGACGAGGAUCUUUACUUUGCACCCGAGAAAAACAACGUCAUCUUCUGCAGCGCAGUGGAUGGCUGGGCCUUUACAAUCAGACAGUUUGCCGCUAUCUACGAGAAGAAACUCGGAAUUAAGCGGACAGUCUUGGAAAAAGUGCUUUGGGGUGAUUAUUUCUUGGAUCCCAAGACAAAACGAGUGCUAGGUCAAAAGCACCUAAAAGGGAGGGCAUUGAAACCCAUGUUUGUGCAGCUGGUUCUGGAUAGUAUCUGGGCUGCCUAUGCAGCUACCACAGGAGGAGGCAAGGGCAAAGGAGAUCCCGUUUUGUUGGAGAAAAUCACCAAGUCGUUGAACAUCACUAUCCCACCAUACAUUCUACGCUCUCGCGACCCCAAAAACAUCAUGACCACUUUGUUUUCUGCAUGGCUGCCACUGUCUACGGCUCUGCUCGUUUCUGUGAUCGAGUAUCUCCCGAGUCCUCCAUCUGCCCAGGCCGCUCGACUGCCCGAAAUGAUUGAAGAAUCACCAGGUUCCUCGCUUGUGGCUGAUGACGUUAAGCAAGCCAUGGUGAACUUCAGGACAAGCUCCGAGGAGCCCGUGGUGGCAUAUGUGAGUAAGAUGGUCGCCAUCCCCGAAAGCGAACUUUCCUCAAGCAAGAGGCGAAGCGGCACUACCAUGACUGCGGAUGAGGCCCGAGAAAUUGCUCGCCGCAAGCGUGAAGAGAUUGCAAAAAUGCAAGCAGAGUCUAGUACUGGACAAGCAGAUGAUUUUGCGCGCAUGACAUCAGCCUUCGAAAACACGUCUCUGAUCAGGGAGGAGACGAAGGGGGAAGAGGAAGAUGCUGGAGAGAAGGAGGAUCCAGAGCAUCUCAUUGGCUUUGCUCGACUCUAUUCAGGGACUUUGUCGGUGGGUGACUCAAUCUACGUGCUGCCGCCCAAGUUCUCGCCGGCAAACCCACACGCAAGCCCAGAGCCAAAAAAGGUCACUGUCACGGACUUGUACUUGCUGAUGGGGAGGAGCCUUGAACCACUCCAGUCCGUACCAGCCGGUGUGGUGUUUGGGAUUGGUGGUCUCGCCGGAUAUGUACUCAAGACGGGGACGCUCUGCAGCCAGCUCGAAGGAAGCAUCAACCUGGCGGGUGUUUCACUGAACACUCCUCCCAUCGUCCGAGUCGCCCUUGAGCCUGUUAACCCAGCAGAUCUGGGCAAAAUGGUGACGGGUCUGCGUCUCCUUGAGCAGAGCGACCCCUGUGCGCAGUACGAGGUGCUGCCCAGUGGUGAACAUGUUAUCCUUACAGCAGGCGAACUGCACCUAGAGCGUUGCGUCAAAGACCUACGUGAGCGGUUUGCCCGAUGCGAAAUCCAGACGGGUGAAGCCAUCGUGCCCUACCGUGAAACUAUCGUCAGCGCUCUAGAGAUGGCCCCGCCAAAGAACCCUGACCUGGGACGCGGGGGUGUGUUGACGGUCUCUGCUUCAAAGCAGAUGACGGUCCGGCUAUGCGUUGUCCCGCUGCCAGAGACCGUGACGGAUUUCCUCACCAAGCAGGUUGGCACCAUUAAGCGGCUCCAGUCUGGGAAGCGUUCUGUCGCCGAGGCGAAGCCUGACCCUGAACACCCAGUUGAGGGUACUCUAGAAAAUGGACAGCAAGUCGAGUCAGCCGAUGCGGAUGCUAGCGGCGAGACACGUGAGGGCAGCACCCUCUCUCUCCAAGAGUUCCGUGCAGAACUCGAGAAAUUGUUCAGUGAGCAAGUUAAAGAUGACAAGGAGCUAUGGAAAUCCGUGGUAGACAGAAUCACGGCUUUUGGGCCUCGAAGAGUCGGGCCCAAUAUCCUGGUAGACGCAACAACCGUUAACACGUGCGAAAAAUUCUUGCUCGAUGACCCCAAGCAACACGCCAGUGCUUCUGCCGAUGGCGACAACUACCAGGCACUGUUGGUGCGUGACUUCUGUGACAAGAUUGCCUAUGCCUUCCAGCUGGCAACGGGUGCAGGCCCACUCUGUCAAGAGCCGAUCCAGGGCAUUGCCGUCUUCCUGGAAGAGUUGUCCGUGCAAGCCAACACAGGCGACGAGCUCGACCUGGGCCGCCUGACCGGCGAAUCGAUCAAGCUCGUGCGUGAGGGUAUCACGCAGGGAUUCCUGGACUGGAGUCCCCGGGUGAUGCUGGCAAUGUAUAGUUGCGAGAUCCAAGCAACGACCGAGGUCCUGGGCCGAGUUUACGCCGUGAUCACCCGUCGCCGCGGCCGCAUCCUGUCCGAAGCCAUGAAGGAGGGGACCCCGUUCUUCACGAUUGUGGCACUCCUUCCCGUCGCCGAGUCUUUCGGGUUCGCCGAGGAGAUUCGCAAACGCACGUCGGGCGCCGCGCAACCGCAGCUGAUCUUCGCGGGCUUCGAGGCCCUCGACGAGGAUCCAUUCUGGGUGCCGGCGACAGAGGAGGAAUUGGAGGAUCUUGGGGAGCUGGCGGACCGGGAGAACGUGGCUAAGCGUUAUAUGGAUGCGGUGCGCAGCCGUAAGGGGCUGGUAGUGCAGGGGCGGAAGUUGAUUGAUGCCGAGAAGCAGAAGACGUUGAAGAAGUAG